AUGCACGUUGUCAGCAUCCGUAGUUUGAGGCCGCAGAUGGUAGCUGCUGAGAUGGCUGCUGCUGAGAUGAUGGCUGCUGGGACGGUUGCUGCUGAGUUGAAUGCUGACGAGAUCUUCCGUGAUUUGACGGUGUUUGAUGAGAACGUGGCUGCUGAAAUGGAUACUGCCGAGAUGGUGGCAGCUGAGAUCGUCCCUGCAAAGAUGGUGAGUACUGAGAUGGUGGCUGCUGGGAUGGUCGUUGCUGAGAUGGUGCCUGCUGAGAAGGUGCCUGCUGUGAUGGUGCCUGCUGCUCUCCCCUGCGAACACUCCUCCUUUGCCGCCGCAUUUCCAUCCUUGCCAUUCUCGCUCUUCUUGCGGCACCCGUGCGGCUUCUUAAUCCAUCCCCCGCCUCUGGCUCCGGUGCACGCUGGUUGGCCCCGCGUCCACCACGGGUCUGCUGCGCACUGGCCUCCUCGACCCCAAAGAGAUAGUUAG